AAUUGAUCGCUGGAGGAGAAGGAAUUCAUGCGCCGCUAGCUGAAGGGGUCAAUAUGCCAGAAUGGGUCCGAUACAAUAUUUGUUUCUUUGUGGACUUCUUUUCGCCAGAAUGAGCAAUGGGUCUCGUCUUCGCCAGGAAGACUCCCCUCCCCGCAUUGUUGAGCACCCCUCUGACCUGAUUGUGUCCAAGGGGGAACCAGCCACUCUCAACUGUAAGGCAGAGGGCCGUCCAGCCCCUACAGUGGAAUGGUACAAGGACGGCGAGCGUGUGGAAACGGACCGCGACAACCCUCGCUCGCACCGCAUGCUGCUGCCCAGGGGGUCCCUCUUCUUCCUACGCAUCGUCCACGGACGGAGGAGCAAGCCCGACGACGGCAGCUACGUGUGCGUGGCCCGUAACUAUCUGGGAGAGGCUGUGAGCCGAAACGCAUCUCUCGAAGUAGCACUGUUACGAGACGACUUCAGACAGAACCCGCAGGAUGUGGUGGUGGCGGUUGGCGAGACGGCUGCUAUGGAGUGCCAGCCUCCCCGUGGGCAUCCUGAGCCCACCACCUACUGGAGGAAAGACAAGGCUCGUCUUGAUCUCAAAGAUGAGAGGAUCUCAGUUCGUGGAGGAAAACUGAGCAUUUCCAACACACAAAAGAGCGAUGUAGGGAUUUACGUUUGCGUGGCCACCAACAUAGUCGGGGAGCGAGAGAGUGAAAAGGCUCAACUCUCCGUCUUUGAGAGACCAGUGUUUGUGCAGCGGCCUGUGAACCAGGUGGUCUUAGUGGAUGAGAGCGUGGAGUUCAGGUGUCAGGUCCACGGUGACCCACCUCCCACACUGCGUUGGAAAAAGGAGGACGCGGAUAUUCCCCGUGGCAGGUAUGACAUCAGGUAUGAAAAAGAGGAUCUUUUGCUGAGGAUAAAGAAAGCCACCGUGAGCGAUCAGGGAACAUUCACCUGCCAAGCCGAGAACCGUGUGGGCAAAGUGGAGGCCUCUGCUUACCUGACCAUCAGAGUUCGCCCUGUUGAGGCGCCCCAGUUUGUGGUGCGACCCCGUGACCAGAUUGUGGCUCAAGGACGAACGGCGACCUUCCCCUGUGAGACCAGAGGAAAACCUCAACCCACUGUGUUCUGGCAACGAGAUGGCAGCCAGGAUCUUCUGUUCCCCAGUCAGCCAACGCAGGGCGAUGGUCGCGUGUCUGUGUCCGUGAAUGGAGAGUUGACCAUUUCAUCAGUGCAGCGUUCAGACGCGGGCUAUUAUAUCUGCCAGGCUCUCACUGUAGCGGGCAGCAUCUUGGCCAAAGCCCAGCUGGAGGUGGCAGACGCCCUGAAGGACCGCCCACCCCCAAUCAUCCGCCAAGGCCCCUACAACCAAACUCAGGCGUUGGGGGGCGUGAGCAUACUCAGGUGCCAGGCUUCGGGAGACCCGCAGCCCACCAUUACUUGGCGAAAGAACGGGAUCAGUCUGCUGGGAAAAGACCGGCGCUUUUCCUUGCUGGAACAUGGCAGCCUACAAAUACAGAGUGCCAAGCUAUCAGAUUCUGGAUUGUACACGUGUGUUGCUACCAGCUCUAGUGGAGAAACAUCAUGGAGCGCUUACUUAGAUAUAACAGAUUCCACUGACCCCACUGACUUCUUGUCUAGCAACCUGACAGCCCUGCCGGGGCCCCCCUCCAAGCCAGAGGUCACUGAUGUCACCAAAAGCAGCAUCUCGUUGUCAUGGGAACCGGGGCCAGAGGCUGGCUCCCCGGUGUCCUCCUAUGUCAUUGAGGCCUUUGGUCAAUCGGUAAGCAACAGCUGGCAGACAGCGGCAGACCAUGUGAAGAACACAGAGUUCACCGUCAGUGACCUACGACCAAAUACUGUCUACCUGUUCAUCAUCAGGGCGGUCAAUGAUCAGGGGCUGGGAGACCCCAGCCCCAUGUCAGAGCCUGUGCGGACACAAGACAUCAGUCCCACUGCUCAGGGAGUGGACCAUCGGCAUGUACAAAAGGAGUUAGGGGAUGUAGUGGUCAGCAUGCAUAACCCCAUCGUUCUGAGCUCCACUUCGGUACAAGUCACGUGGACCGUGGACAAUCCAUCCCGGUUUAUUCAGGGCUACCGGGUUCUGUACCGGCAGACAUCAGGGCUGCCUUCUCCGGGACCGUGGCAGAUACAGGACUUGAAAGUCUCCUCACAGAGGGACAUGACUCUUUUGGCUCUGAAGAAAGGAAUCGUCUAUGAGAUUAAAGUGCGACCAUACUUUAAUGAGUUUCAGGGAGCAGACAGUGAAUCCAUGACAGCGCGGACAAUGGAAGAAGCACCCAGUGCACCCCCACAGCAAGUGACCGUGUUGACAGUCGGAAACAACAACAGCACCUCCAUCAGCGUGUCGUGGGACCCUCCACCCUCUGACCAACAGAACGGCAUCAUUCAGGAAUACAAGAUCUGGUGUUUGGCUAACGAAACCCAGUUCCAUGUCAAUAAGUCUGUGGAUGCAACCAUCCGUUCAGUAGUGGUCGGGGGUCUGCAGGCUGGAGUGCAGUACCGUGUGGAGGUAGCUGCAAGCACCAGCGCUGGGGUGGGGGUCAAGAGCACGCCCCAGCUCAUCACUUUGGGUGCAGAGCAGAGGGAUGUAAUGACGGGCUCGGAGGGCAACAAUAGCAUCUCAGAUGUGGUGAAACAGCCGGCCUUCAUCGCAGGUCUGGGCGGAGCCUGUUGGAUUGUGCUCAUGGGCUUCAGUGCCUGGCUGUACUGGAGGAGAAAAAAACGGAAAGGACUCAGCAACUAUGCAGUGCAAUCCUUCACAUUUACCCGCGCAGUCACAUUCCAAAGAGACAGAGGUCUGAUCAGAAAUGGAAGCCGUCCAGGGCUGUUGAAAGCGGGUGACCCUGGCUUACCCUGGCUGGCAGACUCAUGGCCCUCCACGAGCCUUCCAGCAGACGGAGGAUUGGGGAGUCCGAAAGGCAGCGGUAACUUUGGCCGAGGAGAUGUAUUACCGUCUGCAGCGGUGGAGAAGACAGGCACCAUGCUGUCAGAUGGGGCCAUCUACAGCAGCAUUGACUUCAUGGGGAAGGCAGCUUACACCAGCCCAGUGCAAGAUAACCAGCCUACCCCUUACGCCACCACGCAGAUACUUCAGUCUAACAGCUUCCACGAGUUGGCCGUAGACAGACCAGAUCCCCGCUGGAAGGCUUCUCUCCAGGCCCAGCAGGAAAUAGCCAACCUGGGCUACUCGCUAACUGAUAGACGCCCUGUCACUGGUACAAAAGUAGGGAAGAAAAAGAAGGUGAAGGGUGGAACAAAGACCCCUAAAUCAAAUGGGACAUGUUGGGCGAACAUGCCCCUGCCUCCACCACCUAUGCACCCUCUGCCUGGUACUGAGGUUGACCUUGACCAUUACCCCCAGGAAAGCCACAGAGGAGGAUACGACAGCAGCAGUUGGGCCCCACCUCUCUCGCUCCCGUCCUACCGCCACCCGAGUUUGGACAAUGAUGGUGAGGAGGAGAGGGGACCUACUCCUCCUCUAAGAGGAAGAGCCUCCUCGCCGGCGACAGCAGCAACGGCAGCCGCCGUUUACAACCAGCCGUCAUCGUCAUCACUCAGCUCGGCCCACCACGAGGAGAUGCAAUCGAUUUUGCAGGCCCACUUGGACGAGCUGACCAGAGCUUACCAGUAUGAAGUCGCCAAGCAAGCAUGGCACAUGAAGAGCAAAUCAAAUAUGUCCAACGCCGCCAUCCCGCCAAUGGACUUUAUGUCUUCAACGCUUGGUUCGGAUUUGGGAGACACCCGCCUCUCUGACGAUGAGGAGGAAGAAAGAUACGCAAUGGUGUCAAAGAAUUUCUGCGCCUUCGAUUAUACUCCUGGACACAUUGUGGAUAACCUUGAGGUCUCAGGUAAAGGCACCCAGCUGUGUCGCUCAGACAGCUCUGGCACAACAGAUCGUAGUUUGCAGAACACACAUAGCCUUGGUCACAAGAGGGUGCAACUAACUGGCCUCAAAUCCCAGACAAAUAGGGUUGGGACCCUGCCCAGACGAAACGACACCAACACAGAAGGUAAGAGAAGUUUUUUUUGAGUUCCAGCCACAAAGGGCCUUCACGGCACCGGUUCCCGGAUGAACAGCUCAUGGGCAAGUGCAGCCUCAGACCCCUCAGAGGAGUGCAUGGUGACCGUUUCCACGCUAGAACGGCAGCAUAUGGGUUCCUGGGGCGACACCUCAACAUCCAACAGGGCCACGCUGAGUCGGACUUCUCACAAGAGACCUGCCGCCGACGCCUCUCACAAUGGGCACCUCCUCACAAACGGCAAAGAGAAAAGGGAUCCUUAGUCUUUUGGAUACAUGUCCCCGGACACCUUGUUUCUAAGUGUUGUGAGAUUGCCUCUGUUGAGUGACAUGGAAUGAUGAUUAGAACCUGGAGAGGAGACCGAAUGAAGUCAAAGGAACAUGCAAAUAAAAAUACAGAGCUGUAAAUGUCAUGUACAGGACACACACACACCAGUUUCACAGUGUUCCCUUCAUAGCCCCUUCUUCAAAUCGGUAAACUGUAUGGCCACUUCUAUUAUCUAUCACUUG